UACAAAAAUAAAUAAAGAAAAUUAAUCAAUCACCUUCCAUUCCAUCUCAAUUUUCCAUCUACCAUCAACCUCUUCUCAGAACUCAAUUUUUUUUUUUUUUUUAACUUUUAACCAAAUCAAAUACCCCCAUCAACAAGAACGUAGAAAUUAGUAGUUCGCCGUCGCCGUCGCUUGGUUGCUCCUCCUUUGACCCAGAAAGAUGAACGGCGGCCCCUCUGGUUUCAACAAUGCGCCUGUUACGAAAACAUUUGUUAUUGCAAGUGCAAUUUUUACCAUUUUCUUGAGGAUCAAAGGUGGCCCUGACAAGCUUGGACUAUCGUAUCAGGAUAUUUUAAGGAAUCCCCGUCUCUGGAAGUUAAUUUUGUCAGUUUUUGCCUUUUCAUCUACAUCAGAAAUGAUGUUUGGACUAUACCUUCUAUAUUACUUUAGGGUCUUUGAGAGACAGAUUGGUUCCAACAAGUACUUGGUCUUUAUUUUGUUCUCUGUGAUAGUUUCAUUACUCUUUGAGAUCUUUGCUGUCGCACUCCUUAAAGAUCCUUCAGCCAAUCUUCUGACAUCAGGACCUUAUGGUCUUAUAUUUGCUUCAUUUGUUCCCUUCUACUUUGACAUUCCAGUAUCAACUCGGUUUCACAUGUUUAGCAACCACUUUUCUGACAAGUCUUUCAUAUAUCUAGCUGGUGUUCAGCUUCUUUUAUCAUCCUGGAAAAGAUCAAUCUUGCCUGGGAUAUGUGGUAUCCUUGCUGGUUCCUUGUAUCGUCUAAAUAUCUUUGGCAUCCGCAAGGCAAAGUUCCCCGAGUUCAUAGCUUCAUUCUUCUCACAACUUUCUUGGCCGUCUACGGGCAGUCCACGAGGACCAACUACGAGGAAUGUAACAGGAAGUGCACAAUCCCAUGCUGGUCGUCAUGUGGAGAGAACUUAUCCUGCUCCCAUGGCUCCUUCCACAGAGCCAGCAGAGGAUGCCAUUGCUACUCUGGUUUCUAUGGGCUUUGAUAGGAGCUCAGCUAGACAGGCACUUGUGCAGGCUAGGAAUGACAUCAAUACAGCUACAAACAUUCUUCUUGAAGCACUGUCCCACUAAUUCAUCGGUGCUGUGAAAUGGAAUCAGACUGUUAAUUGGGAGAUAAACCCAUCAAUAGUGACAGGGUGAUCGAUCUGAUGAACUUAUUUUGAUGAGUAGAUCAAGACCCGGGAAUUCAUCAAGGUGUUCCUGGCAUCAAUUUUUAGUGUUUUCCCUCGUGCUUAUUUUAUUCAGUGUCACGUUUGAGAUUAGAAAUUGUCACACCAACGUGAACCUGUACAAUUGUUGACAGCGUAUCUGAACACAUGCAUGUCAUUGGGGGGUAAGUACAUAGUUGUCUUCUCAUACACUUGCGGCCUUUCUGAUCAAUUGAUCUCGUAUUUAUGGGACAUCUGAUGAAAAUGGUCGUGUUCAUAUGCUGACACAGUUGUAAAUUUAGACUAUGGAAUGCUUUUGCAGUUUAGACGAA